GUGUUUCACAUGUGUUGGCACUUUGCAGUAUCUAUCUAGAAGAUUAGAUUAGAUUAAAAAACCCUACAAAGCCAUCACAAAUCAUUUUCAUUUUCUCUAUAAAUUGACUGCACUCAGUGUCACUGAGUUAGUUUCGCACAACCUAAUCAAAUUACCAUCACGAUCACCAUGUUCAGGGUUUUGGUUACCAGAGCAGCAAGGGUUUCAGCUCCAACCAACCGCAAUGCAUUGGUUUCUUUCUCUCGGUAUGCUCAUUCAUUACAGUUUGCUACUGUAGAAGCAGAAGAGGUAUCAGGCUCAAGGCCUGCUGAAGUUUUGAACUUGGUGCAGGGUAAAUGGGUAGGAUCUUCAAACUGUAAUACAAUUGUGGAUCCUUUAAAUGGAGACUCAUUUAUUAAAGUUGCUGAAGUUGAUGAAGCGGGCAUUCAGCCCUUUGUGGAAAGCUUGUCCAGCUGUCCCAAGCAUGGUUUACACAAUCCUUUUAAGGCACCAGAGAGAUAUCUUAUGUUGGGAGACGUAACUACCAAGGCAGCUCACAUGCUAUCGCUUCCUAAGGUUUCAGAUUUCUUUACAAGGCUUAUACAAAGAGUUUCUCCAAAAAGUUACCAGCAGGCUCAAGGGGAAGUUUAUGUGACACAGAAGUUUCUGGAAAAUUUUUGUGGAGAUCAGGUUCGGUUCCUGGCAAGAUCUUUUGCAGUACCUGGAAAUCAUCUUGGGCAACAAAGCCAUGGUUUUCGUUGGCCAUAUGGUCCGGUGGCAAUUAUUACUCCUUUUAAUUUUCCCUUGGAGAUUCCAGUCCUUCAGUUGAUGGGUGCACUUUAUAUGGGAAACAAGCCAGUCCUUAAAGUCGAUAGCAAGGUGAGCAUUGUUAUGGAACAAAUGUUGCGCCUUCUUCAUAACUGUGGUUUACCGGCAGAAGAUGUAGACUUCAUAAAUUCUGAUGGGAAGGCAAUGAACAAGCUGUUACUGGAGGCAAAUCCACGAAUGACCCUUUUUACUGGUAGUUCAAGAGUUGCAGAGAAGUUGGCUGGUGAUUUGAAGGGCCGCAUUAAAUUGGAAGAUGCUGGAUUUGACUGGAAAAUACUGGGCCCUGAUGUCCAUCAGGAAGAUUACAUUGCAUGGGUCUGUGACCAGGAUGCAUAUGCAUGCAGUGGUCAGAAGUGCUCGGCACAAUCAUUGUUAUUUGUGCAUGAGAACUGGUCUAAGACAUCCUUAAUAUCUAAGUUGAAAGAUCUUGCUGAGAGAAGAAAGCUAGCAGACUUGACUAUUGGUCCAGUUCUCACUGUUACAACAGAGACAAUGCUAGAACACGUGAAUAAAUUACUUGAGAUACCAGGGUCAAAGCUUCUCUUCGGUGGUCGACCUUUGGAGGACCAUUCAAUUCCAUCAAUUUAUGGUGCUAUUAAACCAACUGCUGUUUAUGUUCCUCUUGAGGAAAUUGUGAAGGAUAAGAAUUAUGAGCUAGUUACAAAAGAAAUAUUCGGACCUUUUCAGAUUGUUACUGACUACAAAAGCAGUCAACUAUCAAUUGUGUUGGAUGCUUUGGAGAAAAUGCAUGCCCAUUUAACUGCUGCUGUAGUUUCUAAUGAUCCUUUAUUUUUACAGGAAGUAAUUGGCAAAUCAGUCAAUGGUACUACUUAUGCUGGUCUAAGAGCAAGAACAACUGGAGCUCCACAGAAUCACUGGUUUGGACCUGCGGGUGACCCUAGGGGUGCAGGAAUUGGAACACCAGAAGCCAUAAAACUAGUGUGGUCUUGUCACAGAGAAAUUAUCUACGAUAUUGGACCUGUGCCAGAACAUUGGGAAAUUCCUCCAUCAACUUGAUUAAUCUUAGUUAUGAAAGGAGUUGAGGUAUAGAGAUUAGAAAUGUAGUUAAAUAACAGAGACUUACAUUUUUAGAUUUUUCUAUUAGGCUUUUCUCUGACUAAUGUAUUUGAUGUGAUCCGUGGCAUUUUUAGAUUUUAAAAUAAUUUUAAAAUAGUUGAGUUUCGAUUAA